GUGCCCGACACCCAAAUAUGGCUCGAGAAGGGAAGCGACAUUCCUGCGGGGCGGCGCGGGGGGAGCUCCCGAGGGCUAUAUAAAACCUGAGCUGGGAGACGAGCGGCCACCGCAGCGCCCCAGCCGGAGAGCAGCAGGUGUAGCCACCCGCCGAGAAACCAGACACCAUGUGUGACGAAGACGAGACCACCGCCCUCGUGUGCGACAAUGGCUCCGGCCUGGUGAAAGCCGGCUUCGCCGGCGACGACGCCCCUAGGGCCGUGUUCCCAUCCAUCGUGGGCCGCCCUCGCCACCAGGGCGUCAUGGUGGGCAUGGGGCAGAAAGACUCCUACGUGGGCGACGAGGCGCAGAGCAAGAGGGGUAUCCUGACCCUCAAGUACCCCAUCGAGCACGGCAUCAUCACCAACUGGGACGACAUGGAGAAGAUCUGGCACCACACCUUCUACAAUGAGCUCCGCGUGGCCCCCGAGGAGCACCCCACCCUGCUCACCGAGGCUCCCCUCAACCCCAAGGCCAACCGCGAGAAGAUGACCCAGAUCAUGUUUGAGACCUUCAACGUGCCGGCCAUGUACGUGGCCAUCCAGGCCGUGUUGUCCCUCUACGCCUCCGGCCGUACCACCGGCAUCGUGCUGGACUCGGGCGACGGCGUCACCCACAACGUGCCCAUCUAUGAGGGCUACGCGCUGCCUCACGCCAUCAUGCGCCUGGACCUGGCCGGCCGCGACCUCACCGACUACCUGAUGAAGAUCCUCACCGAGCGCGGUUACUCUUUCGUGACCACAGCCGAGCGCGAGAUCGUGCGCGACAUCAAGGAGAAGCUGUGCUACGUGGCCCUGGACUUCGAGAACGAGAUGGCCACGGCCGCCUCCUCCUCCUCCCUGGAGAAGAGCUACGAGCUGCCCGACGGCCAGGUCAUCACCAUCGGCAACGAGCGUUUCCGCUGCCCGGAGACGCUCUUCCAGCCCUCGUUCAUCGGCAUGGAGUCGGCGGGCAUCCACGAGACCACCUACAACAGCAUCAUGAAGUGCGACAUCGACAUCAGGAAGGACCUGUACGCCAACAACGUCAUGUCGGGCGGCACCACCAUGUACCCGGGCAUCGCCGACCGCAUGCAGAAGGAGAUCACCGCGCUGGCCCCCAGCACCAUGAAGAUCAAGAUCAUCGCCCCGCCCGAGCGCAAGUACUCCGUGUGGAUCGGCGGCUCCAUCCUGGCCUCGCUGUCCACCUUCCAGCAGAUGUGGAUCACCAAGCAGGAGUACGACGAGGCCGGCCCCUCCAUCGUCCACCGCAAAUGCUUCUAGACGCCUCUCCGACAGCCGCGACUUCUCCCCAGGACGACGAAUCCGCUUGCGGCGCAGGCGGCUGACCUCGAGCCACCGCGCGGCAACUGCCCUCCAACCACCUGCGCUGCUGCCGCCGCAAACCGACACUGUUUAUAACGUGUACAUACAUUAACUUAUUUACCUCAUUUUGUUAUUUGUAAAACGAAGGCCUGUGGAAGGAAAUGGAAAACUUGAAGCAUUAAACUCAGCCGUUCUGUUAUGCUGCGUAAA